AUGUCCUUGACUUUUAGCCGAAGGCUUAUUUCUCAUAGUGAUACACCUUCAACUUCGGGCCGCUGCGAUAACCUCAGGCGCGUGGUCGGGAGUCACUCCAUCCACAGGACUUUUGGUGUUGGACCUCCGCAUGCCUCUCGCAACUCGACAGCUGUCGGCUCGGGCCGAGUCGAUGCGUGCGAGUCCUUAAGGCCUCCCGCGGGUCCGUCUACCGUCCUCUGCUCUUCCUCCCUAGGCAAGGAGCGCAAAAAGCUCGCCAAAGUCCUGAAAUCCCACCGCAAGGUCUUGGAAAAGCGGCUGUCUGCUCUCACGCGUGCCGAGGUCGAAGCUCCCGUUCUUUCGGAGCUGCUUCAAGAGCUUCGCAUCCUUAAUUCCCGUCUCAAAAGUCAGCGGGCAGCUCUCCUCAUCUUGCAAGAUAUCAAGGACUCGGAUAGCUCCUCAUCUGACUCGGACGAGGAGCUUUGUGAAACACGUUCGGCAGCAGCGCUCUGUUUCCGUCGGGCCCUUUCGGCCACCUCACCGCGUCAGUCACAAGCAGAACUAUCGGACCCGGUUUCAAAAUCAACUCCACCUGCGAUACCUGGCAUGGUUGCCGACCAGCUUGCGGCCAGCAGCACUGCUACAAGUAUUGUGGUUUCGAGUCUGGCUGGAGAGGUGGAGCUGCAGGUGCCACCUCCGCAGGAGGGUUGGUGCUGGGACGAGGAUGAGUUUCGUUUAGCAAAGUUUGACGGCGCUGGAGGACGCGUCAUGGUUUGCACCGGAAGCAAGUGCCAACGUAAGGGCGGCGCCGAAGUGCUUCGCGCCGUUUCUGCGCUGUCCGAUGGGAACCCCAACAUCGAAGUCGUGCCUUGCAAGUGUGUCGGCAAGUGCUCUGCUGGUGCGGCUCUCCGAGUUCGACCCAUGGGUCAGCCCUGCGCCACGUACACCCAGGUUCGACCGGCACAGCUAAGAGAAGUCUUCCUGGAGCAUUUUGCGGCAACGGAAGUGGCGCCGCCGCCGCUACCGUCAAGCCCGGUGGAGGGUACAGGAGUUGUAUGUGGAUUAGACGCGGCGGCGUCCUCUCCUGACGUAAAGCCGCACGUUACCUGUUGCUUGGAAUGCCAACAGCAAUAG